UCAAGAAUGACGACGCUGGUGUGGCUUUUUGUGAUACUAAUCAUCUCACAGAGCUACACAGCUAGUCUGACCAGCAUGCUCACUGUCCAAGGGCUUCAACCAAAGGUAGCAGAUAUCGAAACACUAAAGAAUAGCAAUGCAAAGAUUGGGUACUCCACAAAAUCUUUAGUGGUGAACUACUUGGUGGAUGUCUUACAUUUCAACCGCAAUGAUGUCAAGAAUUAUUCAACCACGGAAGGAUAUGCCCAAGCCCUCAGAACUGGAGAAAUUGCAGCAGCUUUUCUUGAAGUCCCUGCGGCCAAGUUAUUCAUGGCCAAAUAUUGCAAGAGCUUCAUCAUGGCAGGACCAACUUUCAGAGUCGGAGGAUAUGGAUUUGCAUUUCCCAAGGGGACUCUUAUGCUUCCUGACAUGGAUGAGGCACUGCUGAAUGUGUCUGAAAGCGGCGUGCUGAGAGAAUUAGAGAACAGCUUGACUGCAGCAGAGAAGUGUGUGGAAGUAGAAUGGGAUAACAAAAAUGUGAGCCUAAGUCCCAGCACCUUUUUGGUACUUUUCAUCCUCACAGGAAGCAUAUCAACAGUUGCUCUAGCCAUUUUUGUCCUUCGCGCCAAAUGGGAAACCGGCAAGAUCAUGUUUAAACACACAACCAUUAGGAUGUUAAUACUGGCUGUAAAGAUCCAGUUGGGGCAUCAGAAGAGUCGAUUCUCGAGAAGAGUUAGUGAUAUUGAGUGCCCUAGAAAUCCCCCAAACACUUGAAACUCAUGGACAGGUCUGGAAAUUCAAGGAAAUAGUUAUUAACCACAUACAUCCAUGUCUUUAUUAAUCUGAUAUGAUAGAUGAGAUUAGAAAUUGUAUGGAUUUUACAAAUAACUCUUCAAGUGAAUGACUUGUGAAAGAGAGGCUCUUAAAAUCUUGCAACUUCUUGUAAAAAUUACUGUAGUCUAAGCAUAAUUAGGUAAAAGAGACACACUGAUUGAACCUUGUAGACCAAGUGAUUAUGUAGCAUAUAU